AUGACGCCCCGGCCCCUAUUGAUUGUUGCGGGUAUUGGAAAUGGAACAGGUACCGGCGCGGCGUCCGCGCGUGCGUUCUCUGCUGUAGGGUACCGCGUGGCUCUCGUUGCACGCAACGCUGAGCAUCUGAACCGCCUCGUCGGAGAGCUCACGGCGUCUGAGGCACAGGUUGCUGCGUUCCCCGUCCCUGAGUACACGUACGAGGCAGUCAUAUCCGUCUUCGACUCGAUCAUGCAGCAUCAGUGGGCCACGAACGAGCCCUCGGAACUCCGGGUCGCACUCUGGAACGUCGGCGUAAACGUCUUCGGCUCCUUCCUUUCCGUGACGGAGAAAGACAUCACAGCCUCGCUCGAAGUGCACGUCACUGCAGGCUUCGCCUUCGCCCGCAAGGUGAUCCUGGCGUUUAAGGAGAAUGCACUAGAUGCCCAGGGGUGCAGGGGCACCCUGCUAUUUACUGGGGCGACGGCGAGCGUGCGCGGAAAUGUGUUCACAAGCGCGUUCGCGGCGGGGAAGUUUGGCAUUCGUGCGCUGAGCCAGAGUCUGGCGAAGGAAUUUGGAAAGGAGAAUAUGCAUGUAAUCAUCGACGGAAGUAUCCUAACCGACCUGUCUGCUUCCCGUCGAUCAGGAGAGGCUGGGGAGGCCUGGAAGGCUGAUCCAGACGUACGUCUCGAUGCAGACAGCAUCGCGAAGAGCUACCUGUAUCUGGUACAGCAGGACCGAUCGGCUUGGACCUGGGAACUCGACUUACGUCCUGCACACGAGAAGUGGUAA